AUGAAUACUGCAGUAAAUCGUGAUCUUUUUCUUGAAAAGAUAAAUGCAUUAAUUGCGGGUAAACGAGCAGACAAUUGUUUUUAUUAUACUCAAGAAAAGUAUUCUAAAAUGCUUUCUGAAGUGGUUUCUGCUAAAAUUAAAUGCAACACACCUUUGAAUUACAGACGAUUAAAACGUUUUGAUGUUUUAAAAAUUAAUGAUAAAGAGAAGUUAAUUGUACCAUUAAAACCAGGGAAAACGAACAUACAGUAUUAUGUUAUCAAUGAAGAAUUGUACAGUAUACUAUAUGAAACUCACACCAAAAUACGCCACGGAGGAAGAACACGUAUGCUUAAAGAGUUACAAGCUGAAUACAAAAAUAUCACAUAUGAAGUAGUAAUGUUGUAUUUAAAUUUAUGCAAACAGUGUCAAAUGAAACACAGUGCACCUAAGAAAGGUAUUAUUGUGAAGCCGAUGGUUAGUUCUGAAUUAAACUCAAGAUGUCAAGUUGAUCUGAUAGAUCUGCAGUCAAACAGAGAUGGCGAAUAUAAGUUCAUAAUGGUGUAUCAAAAUCAUUUAACUAAGUUUGUCCAGCUACGACCUUUGAAAACUAAAAGAGCUGAAGAAGUAGCGCAUCACGUUCUUUCAACAUUCUUAACAUUUGGUGCAUCAGCAAUAUUGCAAUCAGAUAAUGGUAGAGAAUUUAGUAAUCAAAUCAUAUCCGAAAUAUACGCUAUGUGGAAAGAUGUUAAAAUAGUUCGUCACAGUCAAACAUAA